GUCUCAGAGGGAAGAGAGGAGCGAACUUCCAACAACUUUUCCGACCAUCGAUUAAGAAGUUAUCUGAAAGGGAAAUAUGGCAUCCCUUCGACCAGUUUACAAGACUCUUCAUCCGUCCUCUACAUCAGGCGAACACACCUCUGACUUCGUUGGUUUGAUCUGGAGCCAAGGCGCGUGCGGAGCCCAGGCUCAGUGGCUGACGACGGGCUCAGAGUUUGAUCUGAUGGAGAUGUCAGAUGUCGAAUACUCGCACCUUCAGCACUUUAUCCAGGCACAAAUAGAGCCCGGGCUUUCGGACAGCCCCGAUGCCAGUCCCCUCCCAGCCGCGGUGGCGGUCCAAAACGCCACAGAGAUUUCCCUUAACACGUCUAGUCAAGCUAUCGACUUGUCUACUUCAACCUCGAAUGAUGAGCACGGCGUGGUGAUGCCAGGGGAAAAGACUCCCGUGUUUUAUGGCGAGGUUCCAAGUGUUGUGCUGGCCAGGAUCAAAAGUGAAGAGAGCCCGAUCAAGGCGACCGUCAAGACGGGGGCAUUUUCCAAGAACAGGUCCAUAUCUGCUGCAAGAGUGUGUCUGGAGAAAAGAUUCAACAGCAUGUGCGCUGAUACCCCACGGCAGCUGGACAGUCACUCUGCUGUUGUCAGCAAUCUUUUGACAGUAUUUAAGCAUUCAGCAGAGGCUCAAGAGACAUUCACACAUCCUCAAACCCCAAAGUGGGUGAAAGCUGACGGAGCAAAUCCUUUCAAGGUCUCCAGCUCCUGUGUGGGAGGUGUUUUCGACCCGAAAACCAACGUCUUUGGUCAGGUUAUUGCACACGUGGCAGAACCCCAAAUGCAUCAGAGCUUAAUAAUCCCCCCAAGUUUUUCGUUGAACUUUCUCCCAGAUAGCUCUGCUACUAAAACGGCCUGUGCUGACAGCAGCAACCCUGGAGAGGGCCAAGGGUCGGCCAUCACUGAAAAGGAUAGGGCGCCACAUGCUGUCCUUAAAGGGCAUUGCAGCAGCGUGUGCUCUGAGCCUGCCAAGACAAGUAAAACGGCUUCAAAUCCAUCCCGAAUGUCCAGGAGGGGCGGCUGCAAAAAAGCUCGAUCUUCUAUGUCACUGAUCCAACGCAGGGAGAGACAUAACACCAUAGAGAGGGAGCGCAGGAAGAGGAUUCGCUCGUGCUGCGAUGAGCUGAACACCAUGGUGCCGUUCUGUGACUCUAGCACUGACAAGGUCACCACGCUGCAGUGGACCACGGCUUUCCUGAGAUACAUCAAUAAAAUGUAUGGAGACAGCUUCAAGGAGGAGUAUCAGAAGGCCUUCGAUAACGAGAGAGAACGGUUUCCUGAGUCCAGCCCUUCUUCAGGUCAGCAAACGUCCAACACCAAAGCCAUCAAGACACUGAGCUCGCCUCUUGCAGCUGAGCAAUGAACUCCCACAUGUGUAUGUAAGGAGGAACCUUAAACUGAAUCAGUAAACUGAAAGAAUCUGCAGGGCUUAACU